AUGGUCUCCGAGCUCUGCCCCGUCUAUGCGCCCUUCUUCGGCGCCAUGGGUUGCACAUGUGCCAUUGUAUUCACCUGUCUGGGUGCUUCAUACGGUACCGCCAAGUCUGGUGUUGGCAUCGCUGCCAUGGGUGUCCUCCGCCCUGACCUGAUCGUCAAGAACAUUGUUCCCGUCAUCAUGGCUGGUAUCAUUGGUAUCUACGGUUUGGUCGUGUCUGUCCUCAUCUCCGACGGCCUGAAGCAAGAACUCCCUCUGUAUACCGGCUUCAUCCAGUUUGGUGCUGGUCUGGCUGUCGGCCUUGCCGGCCUUGCCGCUGGUUUCGCCAUUGGUAUUGUCGGCGACGCUGGUGUCCGAGGAACCGCCCAGCAGCCCCGUCUCUUCGUUGGCAUGAUUUUGAUUCUCAUCUUCGCCGAAGUCUUGGGUCUGUACGGUCUCAUCGUUGCCCUGCUCAUGAACUCCAAGGCCACCCAAGACACUGUGUGCCAGUAA